AAAAAACCAAGCCGAAUGCAAAUUAUCUGGAGUAGAUCGUCAGUGACGCUCAGGUCGACGUUGCCGCGAAACAUGCUGCCGACGGAAGAGCAGCUGACGCACCACCAAGAAUACAAUCUUAUCCUCGACUGCCUGCCUUGGCCAUCGGUGCGCGCCAAGGUAAUCAAGCUCAUCCACAUGGGCGUCUUGGAUUCCGACGACUUCAAAAAGGACCUCGUUUGCGCUGGCACGGGCGAAGGGUGGAUGCGAGCCAGCUUCCGCAUCCAUGGCGUCAGUGCCGACGACGACUUUGCUUUCAAUGGCGAGGCCGCGCGCGAAAUCACCAUGGACCCGGAGUCCUGGGAGUGCGCAGAGGACUGGAUCCGCAAAUAUUGGUUCAUCAUCAAUCAGGACAUUGUCAGGCGAACGAAUUUCUGGCGAAGAAUUGACGGAAAGCCGCCAAUCAGGCUGCAGCUACCUGUCGCCGAGGAUUAGCUGUCCGCCUUCCUGGUUGUUUGUACGAUAUCGAUCUUCCCCGGCCCUGACAAAAUGUCUGUACCUCUGACUACAAUUGUAUUACCUUUGACCACCAUUCAUUCAGUCUCUGCUGGAUGAACAGAUCGGAUCGGGGCGGGGGCCUGCAUCGAAUGGC